AUGGCAUCCGAGCCCGAGCACAAGAAGAAGGCCAACUUGGCCGAUGUCUCCGGCGCUGAGCCCAAAGAUGAAAAUGACACCUCCACCGCAAUUCUGAAGAAGAAGAAGAAGCCCAACCAGCUGAUGGUUACUGAUGCUGUCAAUGAUGACAACUCCAUCAUCGCACUGUCGAACAAUACCAUGGAGCAGCUCCAGCUGUUCCGAGGCGACACCGUUCUCGUGCGGGGCAAGAAGCGGAAGGACACCGUUCUGAUAGUCCUUGCGGAUGAUGACCUUGAUGAUGGAAGUGCCCGAAUCAACCGAGUUGUUCGACACAACCUGCGAGUCAAGCACGGCGACAUUAUCACUAUCCACCCUUGCCCGGAUAUCAAAUAUGCGAAACGCAUUGCCGUUCUCCCGAUUGCCGAUACCGUCGAAGGCAUUACCGGGUCGCUGUUCGACGUUUUCCUUGCUCCCUACUUCCGAGAGGCAUACCGACCCGUUCGCCAGGGGGAUCUGUUCAUCGUCCGUGGUGGUAUGAGACAGGUUGAGUUCAAGGUGGUCGAGGUAGAUCCCCCGGAGUACGGCAUAGUGGCACAGGACACAGUCAUCCACUGCGAGGGUGAGCCCAUCCAGCGUGAAGAGGAGGAGAACAACCUAAACGAAGUCGGUUACGACGACAUUGGUGGUUGCCGGAAGCAGAUGGCACAGAUCCGAGAGAUGGUCGAGCUGCCUCUGCGCCAUCCUCAGCUUUUCAAGUCCAUCGGUAUCAAGCCCCCGCGCGGUGUCUUGCUCUACGGACCUCCGGGUACUGGUAAGACGCUCAUGGCUCGAGCCGUUGCCAACGAGACGGGUGCUUUCUUCUUCUUGAUAAACGGUCCGGAAAUCAUGUCGAAGAUGGCUGGUGAGUCUGAGUCGAAUCUGCGCAAAGCUUUCGAGGAAGCCGAGAAGAACUCGCCCGCCAUCAUCUUCAUUGAUGAGAUCGACUCCAUCGCCCCCAAGCGAGACAAGACAAAUGGAGAAGUCGAGCGACGUGUGGUUUCCCAGCUGCUCACCCUCAUGGACGGCAUGAAGGCCCGCUCCAACGUCGUCGUCAUGGCGGCCACUAACCGCCCCAACUCCAUUGAUCCUGCUCUGCGACGUUUUGGUCGGUUUGACCGUGAGGUUGAUAUCGGUAUUCCCGACCCCACCGGCCGCCUCGAGAUUCUGCAAAUCCACACCAAGAACAUGAAACUCGGGGAUGAUGUUGAUUUGGAGCAGAUCGCCUCUGAGACCCACGGUUAUGUCGGUUCUGAUGUCGCUGCUCUCUGCUCCGAGGCUGCCAUGCAGCAAAUCCGUGAAAAGAUGGACCUCAUUGAUCUCGACGAGGAUACCAUUGAUGCAGAGGUUCUCGACUCUCUGGGCGUCACAAUGGAGAACUUCCGAUUCGCUCUGGGUGUUUCCAACCCGUCUGCCCUUCGCGAGGUUGCAGUCGUCGAAGUCCCCAAUGUCCGAUGGGAGGAUAUUGGAGGCUUGGAAGGCGUCAAGCAGGAUCUCAAGGAGAGUGUUCAAUACCCCGUCGACCACCCCGAGAUGUUCCUCAAGUUCGGUCUCUCGCCUUCGCGUGGUGUUCUCUUCUAUGGUCCACCUGGUACGGGUAAGACGAUGUUGGCCAAGGCUGUUGCAAACGAGUGCGCAGCCAACUUCAUCUCUGUGAAGGGUCCUGAGUUGCUCAGCAUGUGGUUCGGUGAAUCAGAGAGCAACAUUCGAGAUAUCUUCGACAAGGCCCGUGCUGCUGCUCCUUGUGUCGUCUUCUUGGACGAGUUGGACUCGAUUGCCAAGGCUCGUGGAGGUUCUGUCGGUGAUGCCGGCGGUGCCUCAGAUCGUGUCGUCAACCAGCUUCUAACCGAGAUGGAUGGCAUGACUUCAAAGAAGAACGUCUUCGUCAUUGGAGCUACCAACAGACCCGAACAGCUGGACCCCGCCCUUUGCCGUCCGGGUCGUCUUGACUCCCUGAUCUACGUGCCUCUGCCCGAUGAGCCUGCUCGCGCCGGUAUCCUCAAGGCUCAGCUCCGGAAGACGCCCGUGGCUGGCGACGUUGAUCUCGACUUCAUUGCCUCCAAGACCCACGGUUUCUCCGGUGCCGAUCUUGGCUUCAUCACCCAGCGAGCUGUCAAGAUCGCCAUCAAGGAGUCCAUCACUCUCGACAUCGAGCGAGUACGACAACGCGAGGCUGAAGGUGCUGGUGACAUGGACGUUGACGAGGAAGUUGAGGACCCUGUUCCCGAGCUCACCAAGCGUCACUUCGAGGAAGCCAUGCAAAUGGCCCGGAGAUCCGUCACCGAUGUCGAGAUCCGUCGCUACGAGGCUUUCGCUCAGCAGAUGAAGAACACCGGACCUGGUGCCUUCUUCAAGUUCCCCGGAGCCGACGAAGUUGGGGGCGCUGGUGGUGAUGCCAACUUCGGUCAAGCUGGUGAUGAUGAUGGUCUCUACGACUAA